AUGGACGGCUUCGAGGGUUUCAUGCAGAAACUCGACAAUUUGCACUCGUUCCGGCUGCACACCGGCAACAUCAACUCGUACGACGAGCUGAAAGCGCAGAGGUUCAAGGACUCGUCCGAAGAGCUGGAGGCCUGUUUGAAUUUGCAGUUUCAGAGCACGCCGUGCCCGAGCGAUUUUAAGGAAGACGGCACGCUGCUACUCUGCGAUCGUGAGCACAUCAACCGCUAUGUUCGCGAUGAUUUGAAGAUUACUUUGAAGGUAUUCCUUUCCUCCUGGGAUCCAACAGAAGUCCGCGAAUCGUUCGCGUGUCUCGUCGAGCAGCUAAAGACCGACGACAUCGAACUGUUGAUUUUGGCUUUUCCGGAGCUCGAGCUCGUCGAAGGAGAAUCUGAAGAGGCGGAAACGGCGCGUUGGCUGGAGGCGGUUAAGCCAAUCUGGACAGAGGCCGAGGCGUUGAGCUCGAGCCGAAAAAUCUCAUCGCUGGGCGUGGGUGACGUUCCGGUUGCGUGGAUGCGAGCGCUGUGCGAAUGGGCUGAUCAUCCGCCGACGGUUGACCAUUUGAAGCUGGAUGGGUGCUGUAUGGUACCCCCAGAAUUGCAAGCCUACGCCCGGGAGCAAGACAUUCAACUCUUGACACACAACGACCCACAUCCGGUGUUUCCGGUUGCGGAUCUUUUUAACCGCUUCUGCGACCUAAAGCACUCGACCCCCGUCUGCCACAGCCAAUUCCGGACCACGUGGGCGGCUAGAUACACGGUCUGGGUGCGACCCCUUCAAGCGGACAGCGUCACUUUAGGAUCUUUUUUAGGAUUGGCAUUACCCCGUUGUCAUCGGACGAAUACUUGCAAAUAUCUGCUGAAUGUGCCACGUUGCCUUCCCUAUAUUCUU